GGCGACGGUUGGGCCGGCAGAGCCGGGUGUGGCUGAGGCGUCGAGGAGGAGCCGGGGCCCUGAGGAGGAGCCGCCACGCCCGGGAGAAGCCGCCGCCGGCGGGGAGCCACCACAGUUAGCACGUGAGGCCGAGGGCAGAUCGAGCGGAAGAUUACAAAAGGAGCUAUGGGGAGUAGGAACAGGGAACUCACUUAUGCCGAGAAGGAUGUAGACUUACUGCUGGAGUACAUUAAGCGUCAACUAAACUCAGACAACAUUGAUGCUUUGAGGAGUGUUUUGUUCUCGAUUGUUUCAAUUUGUGAAGAAAACAUCCUCGGUAAUCAGAAUCUCUGUACUCCUGAAUUGUUUGACAACAUGGCGGCAAUCAUAGCUGAAGAGCAGUCCAGCCUGGGUUUGCAGAUAGCCUCUGUCUCCCUUCUACAGGGCCUGAUUUCAAAUAACAGUGCUGGACAAACACUUUUGAGAGAAAGAGGCUGUAUUCCUGUUCUGGAGAAGUUAUUCAGAGAAGCUCUCACGAAAUCUGGAAUUGAUUCCUUGAACGAAAACCGUCAGAAGCGUUUUCUGUGGUAUACGGUGUGCGAUACUCUGGCUGCGGCUGUCAGCAGUCCUAAAAAUGAGGAAAAUCAGAAAGCUUGCUGUUCCAUUUUGCCACAUGUACAAUCCUUGUUAGAAACAUGUCAGGAGCCUGUGAUAAUUCGUCCUGUUUGCGUAACUAUUGGAUGCAUAGUGAAAGAAAAUCCACUGGUACAGGAAUUCUUCAUAUCUAUCGAUGGACUGGAUGUUUUGAGUGAUGUUCUUACCAAGUUGGUCGCAGAUUCACGUGAGACCAUUUCUAGUGCUAAGAUGGCAGUACUCGUGGCAAGUGUCAUGAGUAUCUCCAUUAACCAUAACCCUCGUGGUGGUAGAAUUCUAGCAAAGCAUCAAGUUGUUCCCAAACUUUUGACUUUGCUGUAUGUGGAGAGCCUAGAUGAUGAUGAGACAGCCAGUGUUCUGGCUACCAUUGGACGUUGCAUACAGACAUGUGAUGAAAAUCUGUGUCUCCUGUUCCAAAACAAUGGCCUCCAACUUAUUCAAGACUCCUUUUCUGCAUCUCAUAAUGAAAUGGUAAACAUCAUUGUUGCUUUUGUCCAGCUCAGACGUAUGCUUUGGGUUAAGGAGUUAGAGCUUAGAAUGCCUAUAUAUGUUUUGAAAAGGAUUUCUAAAACAAUAAAACAAAGAACAGCUCUUGGCUACUUGAAGAAAACUGAAGAACCAUUUAAAGGACAAGAUAAGGAACAAGGCCCUGAACCAGAUGGUGUUGCUGGCAGUGACCAAGAAAAAGCCCUUCCAAAGCAAUGUUCUGAGUUAAGUGCUCAGAUUUGCCACCCACUUGCAAAUGAUGAGUUCAAGAGUCAGUUAGAGAGUCCUGGAGGGGAUCCUGCAAGUACUCUUUCCGGAGAGCAGGAACCAAUUGAAAGUGAAUCUGUGUUUGACCAUGCAGCUCUGGCAGUUGAAAAUGGAGCACAGCAGCCACCAAAGGAAGAUCAACCGAAGAAUCCCUAAAGAAAUUGCAGAAGAAAAAGUAGCUGAUAUUUUGACAACAAUAAAGAAAACGGGAAACCCCUGGAAUUCAGCUUUAUUAUCUUACCUGGGAAGGAAGUGUGCAGUGGAUUUAACCCUUAAAUAGUACAAGUUAGAGAAAUUAAAUGUUGUAAAAUUCCAAAAAGAGUUUUUCUGUAGAGUUUUGUUUUUUUAAUGUUACUGUUCUGUGCUUCGAGCAAGUUCUGUCCUGCCCAUCCCAAUUAGUUUCACUACAGGAUAUUCACCUGAGGGGCAAUGCUAUUGUUUCUUAAAGGGGUUUGUGGUUGCAGGAGUUCUGCAGACCUUUGUUUAGGGAAGCGUGCUGAAAAACAAAGAAAGCACAAGUAAUUUCUCCUUUUUAACUGUUUGAGAAUUUGCCUUGAGUUCUUCGCCCUACAGGAUAUUAAGGGCAGAGGUCAGUAAAAGUUUUAAUAACGUUAGAUUGUUAAAAAUGUUCUUACUGAAAAAAAUGAUUUAUUGAGUGCUAAAAAUAUCCUUUGCUUAAGACAUUAAGAACUUAGCUUACUACCCAGAGUGCGGUAUGUAACAGGAGAGAACGUAACUCAUCUGGUUCCAAUGCAUUUGCUUUGUUUUUGACAUGAUGGUAUAUUGAAGAGCAUGUAAGACAACUUUAAGUGAAAAAUUUUAGGUAAAGUUAAAUGAGAUACCAUUAUUCAA